UCUUGGGGGCGGAAGUGGAAGAAGUUGGAACAUUUAUGUUGUAAGACCCGAGGCAGUGUAACUAUAGUUAGCCAGUGCAGAGUGGCCGGAUACACCUUUGCUUCGGCCCAGAGUGCGAAACUUUACAAGAAGUAAGAAAUCACGCUUGGCUGUCGUCAACAUGGCCACGGAGGAAGACAUGCGAGAUGAACUCUACAACAUGCAGCAGAAGAUAGACCAAACCACAGAUGAUUCGCUGGAGAGUACCAGGCGAAUGCUACAGAUGGCAGAGGAGAGUCAAGAUGUGGGUAUCAAGACACUGGUUAUGCUGGAUGAACAAGGAGAGCAACUUGACCGUGUUGAGGAGGGGCUUGAUCGGAUAAAUGAGGACAUGCGGCAGGCGGAGCGCAACCUGACCAACCUGGAGAAGUGCUGCGGACUCUGCGUAUGUCCCUGGAAAAAGUGGCGCAGUUUUGAGAAGAACUCCAGCUACCAGCAGGCGUUCAAGAGCGGAGAAGAUGGGAAGAUCGUGACCAGCCAGCCCGUCAGGAUGUCCGACGACCGCCACGGACCACAGGUGUCUGGGGACUACAUUACCAGGGUGACCAACGAUGCCCGUGAAGAUGAGAUGAAUGAGAACUUGACCCAGGUGGGUGGGAUCAUCGGGAACCUGAAGCACAUGGCCAUGGACAUGGGCAACGAGCUGGACAUGCAGAACACACAGCUGGACAGGAUCGAAACAAAGGCUGACUCAAAUGUGGACAGAAUCCAGCUUGCCGACAAGAGGGCCAACAAGGUGCUGAGAAAGCAGUGAAAAUGCGGACGCACGCGUGGAUCUAUGUAGUACGCAACUUCUCUCGGAGAUUGAGAUGGGGACCCAGUCCAAUGUUUAACGUGCCUCAUGUCAGGAGAUACACCAGAGCUAUACGCUGUAAUUACCAGGGUAGUACUGUAAAGAUUUUGUCUUUAAUCAAUUUAUGGACUGCGGUUUCGGAAUGGGGGCCAGAAUCUUUAUUGAACUGCCCUUCUUGUUUCCAGAGUUCACUAUGUUGUAAUCAUCAAUUCAUGACAGUGAUGUCUUUUUAAUAUUGAUGUAACUUUUCUUUCCUAUUCCAAGCAUAUUUAGUAAUUACUUAAUAUGCAUCUCCUGUUGGUAUUAAAAUCAUAAUUGAACCCUAAAGCAUAAGUUAUGAACACAGAAUGAUACAUUGUAUAUAUUAAAAUGCAUCAUAAUACACACAAUCCUGAAGGAUAUAGUUGUAAUUUGAAGUAGGGUGACCGUUUUGGAAUCAACAGGAUUCAAGAAUGACAUUGGUUGGUGCUUCUAGCCUAGAUUAUAGUUUCUAUAGACUAUGUAGAAUCAAGGAGGACCCUACUAUCUUCCCAUGACAUGGUCAAUUGUUGUGUCUUAUAAUAACAUCCUUCUGUGUCUGUCAUGUUGACCAAAGUUUACGAGUUGUCAUUGCUUUUCCUGAUAACUAACAGUUCCACAGAAUAAGACUUAGUACAUAAUGCUUGUCCAGUGGUGAUUUUGAAUGGCUUGAACAAGCUGUUCUACAUGUACAUUGUAGUUGUCAACCUUAUUCCGUCUCAAUAUAUGAUCAAUACAUCAUAACAAGGAUCUUUUAUUCUUUUAACCAGCAGAAUAAUGUAAGGUGAGUAAUACACAUGUACAUCUCACAACAAUGAGUGAAGACAACCCUUUCUGUUGUGACACUUCCUUCUCAAUGUACAAAAUGUAAUGUAUGAUCAUACAGAAGGUACUGC